CCUACCUAACAAGAAAGCAAGCAAGAAGUACCUCGUGCUUGCUUCUCUUCUUGGAUUCUUCCAUGGAUGAACAAGGCGAUAGAGAGCUCCAGCUCCAGUUCCAGCUGCUGCUCCCAGCGCCCACGGCUCGGGUCCUCCGAGACGCGCCGGCCGCGCUGGUCAGUGCCACGGACCACACGCAGCUGGACCUCGACCUGUCCAUGAGCAUCGGGCCUAGGCACCCGCCGGCGCCGCCGCCUUCGCCACCAGCAAACGAGAACAGGAGAGCGUCGGCGACGGCUGCCGGCGCGAGGCAGCUGCAGCAGCAUCAUCAGCAGUUGGCAGCGGGCGAUGUGCGCGCGGUGAAGCAGCAGGCGGCGGAGCAGGCCCGGAUGGCGUCGGCCGAGCGUGCUUACGCGGAGCGCGUCCGGGAGCUGGCGCGGCGGGAGCUGGAGCUCGCCGAGAGGGAGUUCGCGCGCGCCAGGGCGAUCUGGGAGAGUGCCCGGGAGGAGGUGAAGCGGGUGGAGCGCAUGAAGCAGAUCGCGGCGAGGCGGCUCGUCGGCUCGGCGUCGUCCGCGGCGGCGCUGGAGAUCACCUGCCACGCUUGCAUGCAGCGCUUCCACCCCUAAUACCAGCGCAUCGCUGCCGUGUACCAUUGCUGAUUUGCUGUAACUCUCUUUUUUCUUCGUAGCUUUCAGAUCUUGUGAAUGCUUUGAGAUGAUCAUCAUCUGGCAGAUGCAUGCAUCAUGGAAAUACUUCUUUCU